GAUCUAAUUCUAAGUUAUGUUCUGUAAUUGUUUCACGCACGUGCCAUUGGUUUCUAUUUUUUCUUUUCUUUUUUCUGAUUUUCUUGGACAUCAAUCAAAACCAAAAUUGACUUCGUCUAAUGUGUCUAUAUCUGAACUACGUAUGCACCUGAUUUAAAUAUCUCUGUAAUGCCUUCCCCAACUUGCAUCCACCAUCAAACAACCAUUCCUUAGUUCUUACUCCAAUCUUAUUUCUCUCUAGCCCAACUCUGAGAAAAGAAAACAAAAAGAAGACGAAAAUGUUAACAGAACUCUCACUGUCAUUUUUCUUUAUACUUCUCUCAAUAUUCUUCAUCUUCAAAACCCCCAAAUCCAAGAAAUCAGUCUCAGCUAAUCUCCCUAAGCCGUACCCGAUUAUCGGCAACUAUCUUGAUAUAAAAGCAAACUGGAACCGCCGUUUCCAAUGGACAUCUGAUUUGCUCCAAAACUCACCUUCUGCAACAUAUGUGAUUCAUCGCCCUCUAGGUGGCCGCUGGAUCGUAACAGGCAACCCAGCCAAUGUUCAACACAUACUCAAGACUCACUUUCAUCUCUACCAGAAAGGUCACACCUUUCGCAGCGCUCUAUUUGAUUUUCUUGGCAAUGGGAUCUUUAAUGUUGAUGGCGAUACUUGGAAAUUCCAAAGACAAGUUGCUAGCCAUGAAUUCAACACCAAGUCAUUACGUAAAUUUGUUGAAACUGUUGUCGAUACUGAGCUCAUUCAACGACUAAUCCCAUUCCUCUCAGCCGCCGCCGAAAAUGGAACUGUUCUUGAUUUUCAAGAUAUUCUACAAAGAUUUGCUUUUGAUAACAUAUGCAAGAUCGCUUUUGGAUACGAUCCCGCUUAUCUGUUGCCAUCACUUCCACAGGCAAAGUUUGCACAAGCUUUUGAGGAUGGUGUCAGGAUAAGCAGUGACAGGUUCAAUUCACCAUUCUGGCGAAUCAAAAGAGCUUUCAAUAUUGGAUCAGAAAAAAAACUCCAAGAAGCCAUUUCUCAAGUGCGAGAUUUUGCGGCGCACGUGGUGGAGGAAAAGAAACAAGAACUUAAAGAAAACUCAUCGCUCGAAUCUGUUGAUCUCUUAUCAAGAUUCUUGAGCUCUGGCCAUUCAGAUGAGACAUUUGUUAUCGAUAUCGUCAUCAGUUUUAUAUUAGCAGGCCGCGAUACAACAUCUGCAGCACUAGCAUGGUUUUUCUGGUUGAUAAAUAAAAACCCACAAGUAGAAACCAGGAUUCUUGAAGAAAUAAAUGAGAAGUCAGAGAUGCCGAUUUUUGAAGAAGUGAAAGACAUGGUAUACACUCAUGCUUCUUUAUGCGAAAGCAUGAGGCUCUAUCCUCCAGUUCCAACUGAUUCCAAACUCGCUAUCGGCGACGAUGUUUUGCCAGACGGUACUGUGGUGACAAAAGGAUCAAGAGUUACAUAUCAUCCAUAUGCUAUGGGAAGAUUAGAAAUGCUAUGGGGUGCGGACUGGGCUGAUUUUAAGCCAGAGAGGUGGCUUGAGAGAGAUAUAGUGAAUGAAAAAUGGAAUUUUGUGGGGAGAGAUGCGUAUACUUAUCCGGUGUUUCAAGCUGGGCCAAGGAUUUGUCUGGGUAAAGAAAUGGCCUUCUUGCAAAUGAAGAGGGUUGUUGCUGGUGUUUUAAGUAAGUUUAAGGUGGUGCCAGCGUUUGAGGAUGGUUUUGAGCCGGAGUUAGUUGCAUAUCUCACGGCUAAGAUGGACGGUGGCUUUCCUGUCAGGAUUGUGGAGAGGGCCAAGUAAGGAUUGCUGAGUUUGCCUGUUCAUUGUUUGUUGAAAGGUCUAAAUGAAUAUACAAUUAGGGUCAAAUACAUUGAUUGAGAGGCUGGCUGUUUGGGGGGGGUUUAAUGAUUAGAUGAACAAGGUAUGUAAGGAAUGUUUUCUUCUAUAUAUGUAGUUUUGAAAGAUUGCUGUAGUAGCUAGUAACAAAAUUGUAAGCAAUAGCGUUGAUCAUUGUUAUGCUUUCUGUUUUUGUAUAAUAAUUUUGAUUUGGAAAUCAUAUAAAUGGAGGCAGUGUUUCAUUAUUGAGAUCA